CCCGCUGGGCGGGGCGCCUCAGUGCGGUCCCUCGGUCCUGCGGGUCCCUCAGGCCCCUUCGCCUGGCUCCGUUUUAGUACGAAACCCCGUUGCCGGACCGGGCUCGGGCCCGGGCACCGGUUGUUCGGUUUUGCCCGGUCCUGGCGCCACAGAUGGGCAUCUUCUGCCUUUGGCGGCUGGAUUUGGGCCGGAAGCUGCAGGCGCUCAGGCAAGGGCGGCCGCAACUUGUAACUCGCUUCUGCGGGGACUUCUUCCAGGCCAGCCCCGCCAAGAAGGCCCGGACAGGGGAGAACGAACCGGGGACGCCACCUUCCUCGCCAUUGAGCCCCGAGCAGUUGGUCCGCAUCCAGAGGAACAAGGCCGCGGCCCUGCUCAGACUCGCAGCCCGCAACGUGCCCGUGGGCUUUGGCGAGAGCUGGAAGAAGCCCCUCAGCGGAGAGUUCGGGAAGCCGUAUUUUAUAAAGCUAAUGGGAUUUGUGGCAGAAGAAAGAAAACAUCACACUGUGUAUCCACCCCCUGACCAAGUCUUCACAUGGACCCAGAUGUGUGAUAUAAGAGAUGUGAAGGUCGUCAUCCUGGGACAGGAUCCAUAUCAUGGACCCAAUCAAGCUCAUGGGCUUUGCUUUAGUGUUCAAAGACCAGUUCCACCGCCACCCAGUUUGGAAAAUAUUUAUAAAGAGCUGUCUACAGACAUUGACGGUUUUGUUCAUCCUGGCCACGGUGAUCUAUCUGGAUGGGCCAAACAAGGUGUGCUCCUACUCAACGCAGUCCUCACCGUGCGGGCCCAUCAAGCCAACUCUCACAAGGAGAGAGGUUGGGAGCAGUUUACUGAUGCGGUCGUGUCCUGGCUAAACCAGAACUCACACGGCCUCGUCUUCUUGCUCUGGGGCUCUUACGCUCAGAAGAAAGGCAGUGCCAUUGAUAGGAAGCGGCACCAUGUACUGCAGACUGCUCACCCUUCCCCGCUGUCAGUGUAUAGAGGGUUCUUUGGGUGUAGACAUUUUUCCAAAACCAACGAGCUGCUGCGGAAGUCUGGGAAGAAGCCCAUCAACUGGAAGGAGCUGUGAUUGUGAACUGAGCCGGUGGUCUCUCUCCACCGGUGGGUUUUGAGAAACUGCUGUUGAGUGAUUUCAGUUACAAAGUUGUAAAUUUCCCUUUCUGUUUGUAAGUACUUGGCAUAUGGGGAAAAUCUUCUGCCAAAACACCAGGGCCCAGGCUGCUGGGUACAGGCAUGGCAGCUUUAUCCAGCCAGAACCAACUGAGACUACCCUUUGACCUGAGUCAUCCUCUGCUCUAUGGUUUUGGCCUGCAACAUGGACCCUCUUGAAGACAGGAGGUCAAACACUCACUUGGCUGUCUUCAUCUCCCUUACCAUUAUGGUGUGGGGGGGUGGGGCUGCAUCUUUUUGGCACAGCCAGUAGUUUGGGGCCCGCUGCUACUUGUUUUUACGUGGUAGGUUAGACUUUUGGUUACGAGGCUUUGGGCGUUUGUGGAGAAAGGACCCCUGUGUCCAGCCCAUUUCCAGGUACACUGUUCCCUUGACCUUUCAAAGGGCCCUGUGGC